AUGGCCGCCCUUCUCGGCGCCACAAAGGGCGGCCAGGACCGCCCCCAAGACCGGGACGACGUGCCUUUUCGAAUCGGCAACAGCGCCACUACCACAAACAAGAACGCCAGUAGCAUUUCUGCUCCUCCGGCUGCAGCCUUGUCUGGAAAGGCCACCAGCUUACCAAAGACGCCGACGUCGUCCAAUGAUCAAUUGUCUCGAGUAUUCUCUCCACCUGUCACCCAAGAAGACUUGUGGUACUUCUAUUUCCGUCGUUCAACAUCGAGCGGCCUCGUCCCAUUUUAA